CAAGCUGCUAUUCUUUUGCUUCUUCUCCCACAUCAUUCCCCCAUCAUUUCCUUUCCUCUUCUUUCUCACUCUUACCACCCCGAGCAUAUCGUUUUCUCUGCUUUUUUCUCCUUUUCCCUAAAAUAUCCAUCUCCAUAUGAUAUCCAUAUGAUAUUCAUGUGCUCGGCGUGCCCCUUUUUACUGCUAAUUUCAGCCCUUGAUAAAAGUGAACAGUUUCAAAACUUGCACUGUUUUCACCAUCAUUAAUUCUUGGCAGCCUGCCUCUAUCACUGCACCUAUUCUUAUACUACUACGUCAGGCUUCCUAGCCUAUUGGUGACUCGACUCCUUAGCAUCUUACCUUGUUAAAUAUAGGAAGGAUUGCUUUUUGUCUUAUACCUAUUCAAGCUUGGUUUUUGAUAAUUACAGCAAUAUAAUCACGACGACAGAAUGCCCCGACCUGAUAGCAGCGUCAAACGCGAACGUGGUGGUUCCCCAGCACCAAGUGCCAGAUCAGGAACUAUGGGACCACCCUCCCCCAAUCCGCUCAAGCGGAAAGUUCCUCCCAGUGAGAGUCAUCACUCGAUGGCGCGAACUUUCAAUAGAUCCUUUGCGCCCAGCGCUGAGACGAUUCAGCGAAGGGACGAUGAGACUGAACCCAUCUUCAUGGAAAUGAGAUAUCGCCAAGACAGCCUCAGAAGCCGCCAGCAAGGCUCGCCAGUAUCGCAGAACGCCGAUGCUAGCUUCUUACAACAGAGUUUCUCCCAUCACACCUUUGCCGACAUUGGACUUAGACAGAAAGCUUGUAAUGAUACACUUGGGGACCUUCAGACGCUCGGCGUAUCUCACGUUGUUCCCCUUCCUGAACUUGUUCUGGUUGGCGACCAGUCAUCUGGCAAGUCCAGUUUAAUGUCUGGGCUGGCUCGCAUCAACCUCCCGAGAAGCGCUGGUGUAUGCACACGCUGCCCUCUCCAUAUUCGCUUGAUCAGUAGUAAGACCGAUCAUUGGUCAUGCACUGUCUCCCUGCAACAAGAUUAUGAUUUCCAGCCACAUCCCGAUCGUAAACCGGAGCUAUCAGACGUUACGUUGGCAACGCCGUUCCCUCCCUGGGUUGCGAAUAACCACCGGGAAAUAAAACCAUUCAAGACAAUUUUCAAUCCCUCUGAGAUUGAGGAAGUCCUCCGCUGGGCCCAGAUUGCUAUAUUAAAUCACAACCGUAACUUCGAGAUUUUCAUACCCGGCGAAGGUGCCUUUGCUAAAGAAACGCCCCUUGAUGUUGCGGCUCGGGAGACGGAUGCACAAUUCUCUCCGAACAUCGUUGCCUUAGAGAUGAGAGGACCCGGUCUCCCAGAUCUGAGUUUUUAUGACUUGCCCGGAGUCUUCCAAUCUCCAGAAAAGGAAGAAGACAUGUACGUGGUAAAAGUCGUCGAGAAUCUUACUCUUGACUAUAUCAAACGGGACAAGGCCAUUAUUAUGUGGGCUCUUCCAAUGAACGUUGAUGUGGAGAACUCUAUCUCUUUAAGCAUCAUCCGCAGAGCUAAGGCUACGCGUCGAACCAUCGGUGUCAUGACGAAGGCGGACCAACUUCCUCCUCAGAAUAUUUCUAACUGGCUAUCUAUGUUCCGCAAUGACAACCAGCUCGUCGGACAUGGCUUCUUUGCCACAUCGCGUCCGCCGGAUCAAGCGCUAGAGAAUGCAGCGAAAUGGGAAGAACUCUUCUUCAAUCGCGAGAUUAACGGUAUCCAAUGGCCCACCGAAUUCGCCGAGUUCAAGGACCGUUGCGGCGUCGAAGUUCUGCUAAUGUACCUAUCGUCUAAGUUAGGGGAAGCCUUUACUGAGAGCCUUCCUUCGAUCAAAAACACGGUUCUCACACGUCUCAAAGUUAUUGAGAGCGAAUUGGCUGCCCUGCCCGAACUCCCCCCUAAUGUGGAACAUGAGGUGAAAAAGAGCUUGUUCGAUUUUCUUCACCAGAUGAAAAGCGCGAUGCGGAAUACUGCGUUCUCGGCUGAAUGGAACGCCUUGAACAGCCAGUUCCAAGACUGCAUAUUCAGAAUAAAACCAACCUGUUCAGUCAAAGAUUCAGAGCGCCAAACAAUCGACAUUUCUGGAGCUGAUUCAGAACCUACCACGCCGACGCCACAUAGGCCUCGACCUACUGAUUCGACUAUGCGAAACCUCACAACGCCCAGCAGGCGCCAGCGCCAAGAAAAUGCAGCAACCCCGGUAAAGAACGAGGAAAUAUCAAUGGGGGUGUCACGUACCCCGUCUGUGGUCAUCGGCUUAGGAUCUAAUCCCUUGGAUCCCUUCACCCAAUACUCACAGCUUGGUCGAAGAAUGAUGGACAUUAGAGAAAUCCGCCGAGAAAUUUUAUCGAAGAAGAGGCCCGGCAUGCCCCGAGACUUGGUCCCAGACGAAGUUCGCGAGAAUCUAUGUUUAAAGGCAGUCAGAACGUGGCAAGCGCCUCUAGAAACUUAUAUCAGCAAAACAGCGGAGCUCCUAAAGAAAACGGCUAACGCCGCCCUCGAAAGCUCUCUAGAGUCAUUGCGCAGCCGGUUGAUCUUCAAAGAUUGUAGAAAGUAUCUAGGCGAAUUUAUCGACGAGACGGUCGCCAGCCAGAGGGGACGCCUAGCAGAGAUAUUUGACUCCGAAACCUACCAGCUUUACAUGAUGAACGACGAUGCGUUCCAUCGUUACAAGGCACAGGAAAUGGAACAACUCUCGCGCAUGCGCGGACUUGUUCGUCUGAAGGCUUUGACUCUCAUCGAUUGGGAAUAUCCAAUUAAGAGUUUAGAAAGAAUGUCCGAGGAGGAGAAAGCCAAGGAACGUAAGAUACUUGACGCCACUCUACCCAAGGCUGGGAAAGACCCUUACGAUACCGAAAUUGAGGUUGCCGGUUUUGUUCGCGGAUAUUACAUGAUGGCCGCAGCGCGGUUCGUAGAAGGUGUGACGAUGAAUGUUAAUUCGCAUCUUUUCCGCACGUACCGAGAAAGCCAGCUUGACGACUACUUGGAUUCCAAGUUUUACAUCUUCGGCCAAUCUGAUUCAGGGCUGUAUGAGAGGUUAAUGGAGGAAGAUAUGAACACCGCCAAAAGGAGGGAACAGCUAAAAGCAGAAAUGGACAAGCUCGUGAGAGCCAUGCACAGUAUUAACAACCUGGAGAGGUCAUCCAAUGAUAGCAGUUUCCGGCCGACAUAUGUGAACUCUAUCAACUCCGACAGCGAGAUGGACGGUACUGCGUAGUGUUGGACCAUGGUUAAGUCGCAUGGAGGAACGCUGUUUCUCAACUUUACUUUGCGCUGAGAGACAACUUGGCAAUCUAUUGUGGUUCCUGACUUUCUUGUGCUGGUUUAGGUACGCUCCAGUUGGAAAAGGUGUAAGAAACAAGCCAAAUCACAACUUUACGUCUGGAUAUAUAACUGUGUGCUAAAAAACCUAGGACGAUCGGGCGAAUUUCAACUAGGAUCCCCUGGAUGCUAGCAACCUGGGCUUGUCAUUUAAAUAGGUGUACCAUGUCUGUUGUGUAUUAGGUACUACGCAAUCCUAUAGGAGAUAUGUAGCUUUACUCAAUGUUACCACCAAUUUUCGUUA